AAAAAUUUUUUUUUUUUUUUAAGUGAGGGAGGGGUGGAAGGAGAGCUCUUGAACUUCUUCUCUCUCUGCCCAGUAAGGUGUUCAGGAGUUGUAAGCAAUUUUGCAACAAGGCUUCACACACUCCUAGCCGCAUCCUUUAAUCAUGACUGCAUUUCAAAUAGGUUAAAAGGAAUCUGAGAAGAUCAUGGGGAAUUCAUAUGCAGGGCAGCUGAAAUCUGCCCGUUUUGAAGAAGCUCUUCAUAACUCUAUAGAAGCUUCUCUGAGAUGUAGCAGUGUUGUCCCACGGCCAAUCUUCUCACAGCUGUACCUGGAUCCUGACCAGCCUCCUUUCUUGCCGGAAGAUGUGAAGCCGAAAGUAGAAGAGUUGGAUAAAGAGUUAGUACAUCGCUAUUCACAAAAUGGAAACCUGGACUUUUCUACCAACCAAACUGUUAAUGAAAUGGAAGAUGAAGAGGAAGAUGAAGACAUGUCAGAUUCAAGUAGUCCACCUAUUCCAUAUUCACAAAAACCUGCCCCGGAAGGGUCUUGCACAACUGAUGGUUUUUGUCAAGCAGGCAAGGAUUUACGGUUAGUGUCUCUGUGCACGGAGCAAAUUGAUAUCCCAGCAGGCUUCUUGUUAGUAGGAGCCAAAUCUCCCAACCUUCCUGAGCACAUUCUGGUCUGUGCUGUUGACAAGAGGUUUCUGCCAGAUGAUCAAGGAAAAAAUGCACUUUUAGGAUUUUCUGGGAAUUGUAUAGGAUGUGGAGAAAGAGGGUUUCGGUACUUCACAGAGUUUUCCAAUCAUAUCAACCUGAAAUUAACCACUCAGCCAAAGAAGCAGAAGCACUUAAAGUACUACCUAGUAAGAAGCUCCCAAGGUGUACUGUCAAAGGGACCCCUUAUUUGCUGGAAAGAAUGUAGAAGCAGGCAAUCAUCUGCUGCUAACCUCUCUGCUAAACCAAAUUCUUCGGUGUCACCGUCCACGACCCCAGAGGGUGGAUCAGCUAAUGGCUACAAAUCAGGGUUCACUCAGACAGAUUCUUCAGUGUUCAGUCCAGCAAAAUCAUCUUCUGCUGUUAACUUAAGUGGAACUCAGGACCCAUCUCGAAACAAGAACAUUGUGAAGCCCCUGGCUCUGUCAGUACAGCUUGUUGGAAAGGCAUUUGCUGCAGCUCCUCUUUCACUGCGUGGCACUGAUGUUGCUAAUGGAAACACUAAUGGAGGAAGAAAUAACAUACUGAAUUCUACAGUGUCUCGGCCAGUGCCUCACUCAACAUCUCCAAGCCCUGGCUGUGCAGCUGGAGACCAAGCAUCCAUGUCCAGUUCUGGACCACCAAAGAAACGUCACCGGGGAUGGUCUCCUGGGUCCCCAGUCCCUGCUUCUGGUGUGGCAGCAUCUGUUCCUACAAUUCGGCCUUCAGCAAGAACAGAGCCUCUUUUGUCAGUCCCAGUUCCUCAAUCCAUGUUAACUGGAAUUUUACAGCCUCAACCCAUCCCAGCAGGGGAGACUGUAAUAGUUCCUGAAAACCUGCUGAAUAACUCAGGAGUCAGACCAGUGAUUCUGAUAGGUUAUGGCACUUUACCUUAUUUCUAUGGAAAUGUGGGUGAUAUUGUUGUAAGUCCCUUGCUGGUGAAUUGCUACAAGAUUCCACAGCUGGAAAAUAAGGAUUUAGAUCUCUUGGGUUUGACCAGCAGUCAGCUGCUAAGUGUGGAGAACAUGAUACUUCUAACUAUUCAGUAUCUUGUCCAACUAGGUCCUGACCAGAUACCCCUGAGGGAAGAAUUUGAACAGAUCAUGUUGAAAGCUAUGCAGGAGUUCACUCUAAGAGAGCGAUCCUUGCAAAUGAGCGCUCAGUGCAUCUCCGUGUCACCAGGUCAACUCCCUUGGCUUGCUAGGUUAAUCGCUAGCGUGUCCCGGGAUCUUGUGCACGUGGUUGUUACCCAGAACUCACUGGCAGAGGGCAUCUCGGAGACCUUGAGGUCUCUCAAUGAAAUGAAACAUCAGCAAAAGCUCCCAGAUUAUGUUGUUGCUAUUUGCGCAUCAAAGAUAAGAGGAAAUGAAUUCUGCGUAGUAGUCCUGGGUCAAUAUCAAUCUAGGGCACUUGCAGAAAGCAUGCUUACAACCAGUGAAUUUUUAAAAGAGAUCAGUUACGAGCUCAUCACAGGGAAAGUUAGUUUCCUGGCAUCACAUUUCAAAAAUACAUCUUUGGGUGAUGAUUUGGACAAGCUGCUGGAGAAAAUGCUACAGCAGCGAGGGGAAAGUGUCAUUAUUCCUUUUAAUGGAGAUGUUAGUGAGUGUGUGUCAUCUCAGGAAGCAAUUGCCAUGGUUUCUACACAAGAACCAGAUUUGGAUGUUGAUACCUUCCAAAUUUACCAGCCACAGCUUACAGUUGCCAGAAAGCUCUUGUCCCAGGUAUGUGCUAUAGCAGACAGUGGCAAUCAGAGCCUGGACCUGGGCCACUUCAGCAAAGUAGAUUUCAUCGUUAUCGUUCCCCGUUCGGAAGUGCUGGUGCAGCAAACUCUGCAGCGGAUUCGACAAUCAGGUGUCCUUGUGGACUUGGGCCUAGAAGACAAUGGAACAGCGUAUCAGAGAGCUGAGAAAUAUGUGGUUCGGCUGGACAACGAGAUUCAAACAAAAUUUGAAGUUUUCAUGAGACGAGUGAAGCAGAAUCCCUACACACUCUUUGUGCUGGUUCAUGACAAUGCCCACAUGGAUUUGACAAGUGCCAUUUCAAGUUCCCUGUCACACGGUGAGCCGAGUCACGGUCUGGCUGACAGAGUUAUUAAUUGCAGGGAGGUCCUUGAAGCAUUCAACCUCCUUGUUCUUCAGGUCAGCUCUUUUCCUUAUGCCUUACAAACACAGCAGUCCAGGAUCAGCUCUAGCAAUGAGGUGCAUUGGAUACAGUUUGAUACUGUGGAUGAUGCAGCAAGUGAAGAUAAGCUGUACUUUGGUUUGAAUGAAUACAGCAAAUCCCUCCAAUGGGGAGUCACAAGUCCACUUUUGAGAUGUGAUGAAACCUUUGAAAAAAUGGUCAGCACACUUUUAGAAAGGUACCCCCGGCUGCACAGCAUGGUGAUCCGCUGCUACCUUCUCAUUCAGCAGUAUUCCCAAGCCCUGAUGGCCCUCACAACCAUGGCCUCCCUAAGGGAUCACAGCACACCCGAAACCCUCAGCAUCAUGGAUGACCUUAUCACUUCUCCAGGAAAGGAUAAGAACGGCUGUGGCCACAUGCUCGUCAUUAGGGUGCCCUCUGUGCAAUUAGCCAUGCUGGCCAAGGAGAGGUUGCAAGAAGUAAGAGACAAGCUGGGUCUGCAGUAUCGUUUUGAGAUCCUCCUUGGGAACCCUGCCUCUGAGCUUACUGUUGCAAAACACUUUGUGACAAGGUUGAAGGCUUGGAGGGGAAAUGAGCAGGAUGACUGGAUCCCUCGCACCUAUCAGGAUUUGGAAGGUCUACCUUGCAUUGUUAUUCUAACUGGCAAGGAUCCUCUAGGAGAAACUUUCCCCAGGUCGUUGAAAUACUGUGACCUUCGACUAAUUGACUCGAGCUACUUAACUCGGACUGCAUUAGAGCAAGAAGUGGGCCUGGCAUGCUGCUACGUCUCCAAGGAGGCCAUUCGAGGGCCUAUUGUAGCUCUUGACCUCAGUGAGAAGGAGCAGGAGAAGGCUAAUGGCAGUGAGAAUGACUCUGAUGAGCUGUUGAUAGACUUGGACCGACCCCAGAGUAACAGCAGUGCUGUCACGGGAACCUCAGGUUCCCUUGCUGACAAUGGUGUCAGCUCCUCCAGUGCUGCAGACAAGUCUCAGAAGCAAGCCCCAUCACUUAACUUCCAGACUGUGGCACACAGCUCUGUAGAUGAGGGGACUUACCCCAGUUUCACAGCCGGAGAGACCCUGAAACAAGAAUGUGACUCCCUGGGUAACCAGAUGGCGAGCAGCACCACUUCAAAGCUGUCAUCUCUGUCUUCAGUCUCCCAGACAUUUCGAUGGCCUCCCCAUUCAGCCAAGGACAGCAGGGCCCUCCGUGCUGCCCUGCCACGCAUCGUCAUCCUGUCGAAAGCGGCCUACUGCCUCCUGAGCUCCCAGAAGAGCGGGAAUUUGCCUUCCUCCUCUUCCCUCCUGCCUCAUGCUGACGUCUCCUGGGUGAGCUCCCUGAGACCUCUGCUUCACAAGGACAUGAGCAGCGAGGAGCAGUCUCUGUACUACAGGCAGUGGACCACAGCCCGACAGCAUCACGCCGACUUCAGCAAUCAGGGGGAGGCAUCAGGAUCGAGAAGUUUUCACCCCAGGAGGCUGCUUUUGACAGGACCACCACAAGUGGGGAAGACUGGCUCAUACUUGCAGUUCCUAAGGAUUCUUUUCCGCAUGCUGAUCCGGUUGCUGGAAGUAGAUGUGUAUGAUGAAGAAGAGAUUAAUGCCAAUCAUACAGAAAACAGUGAAAUUACUCAGUCUAGCAAUGACCACUGGCCAGAUAUUGAGAUCUUCAGCAAAAUGGCUUUUGACUUGAAUGUACAUGACCCCAAGUACAGAACUAUAAGUCCUGUAUACACGGAACAACUGUCAAGAGUGAAACAGGAAACAAGCAAAGAAUCAAAAUCAGCAGAACCUAAGAAAAGGGAGACUGUGUCCAUGAUGUUGACUAAAUAUGCAGCUUACAAUACGUUCCAUCACUGUGAGCAGUGCCACCAGUAUAUGGACAUUAACCCUGCUGCACAGCUAUCUGACUCCACUCUGCAUGCAUUCACAUUUUCAUCCUCAAUGCUAGGAGAAGAGGUUCAGCUACACUUUAUUAUCCCCAAGUCCAAAGAGAACCAUUUUGUCUUCAGCAAGCAGGGAAAGCAUCUAGAAAGUAUGCGUCUCCCACUCGUUUCUGACAAGAAUUUGAAUGCAGUCAAGAGCCCUAUCUUCACUCCAUCGAGUGGACGUCAUGAACAUGGCCUCUUGAACCUCUACCAUGCCAUGGAAGGCAUCAGCCACCUUCACCUCCUGGUAGUCAAGGAAUAUGAAAUGCCACUCUACCGUAAAUACUGGCCCAACCACAUCAUGCUUGUCCUGCCAGGCAUGUUCAACAAUGCUGGCGUUGGUGCUGCCAGGUUUCUUAUUAAGGAACUUUCCUACCACAACCUAGAGCUGGAACGAAACCGCUUGGAGGAACUGGGAGUCAAGCGCCAGUGCGUGUGGCCCUUCAUCGUGGUCAUGGAUGACUCCUGUGUCUUGUGGAACAUGCACAGCAUCCAUGAGCAGUCGAGCCAGUCCCUGGAGCCUGGGGGUUCCAGCAAGAAUGUGUCUCUGAAAAGUGUCCUCCAGCAUAUGGAAGCCACCCCCAAAAUUGUUCAUUAUGCUAUACUGGGUGUUCAGAAAUGGAACAGCAAGCUGAAUGCCAGGAAAGCAAAGGCUCCAUUCUCCAGGUGCCACGUGAGAGAUUUUAUACUGCUCAACAUAGACCUGACCCAGAACGUGCAAUAUGAUCUAAACAGGUAUUUCUGUGAAGAUGUGGAUUUUAAUCUGCGGACAAACAGCAGUGGUUUGCUCAUCUGCCGCUUCAACAACUUCAGUGUCAUGAAGAAGCAUAUUCAGGUUGGAGGGCAAAAGGACUUUGUUGUUAAGCCAAAGAUUAUGGUUUCAGAGAGUCUGGCACCGAUAAUGCCUCUUCAGUAUGUCUGUGCCCCUGACAGUGAGCAUACCUUGUUGGCAGCCCCAUCACAGUUCCUCCUGGAGAAAUUCCUGCAGCAUGCGACGUACAAACUCUUCCCCAAGGCCAUCCACAACUUCAAGAACCCUGUGCUGGCCAUUGACUGCUACCUGAACAUCGGGCUUGAGGUGGCCAUAUGCUACGUUAGUUCCCGCCCUCACUCAGUCAACGUCAACUGCGAAGGGGUGUUCUUCAGUGGCCUCCUGCUCUAUCUCUGUGACUCCUUCGUUGGUGCAGACCUCCUCAAGAGGUUCAGGUUUCUGAAAGGUGCCACCCUGUGUGUCAUAUGCCAAGACAGAAGCUCACUACGGCAGACCAUAGUCCGGUUGGAGCUGGAGGAUGAGUGGCAGUUCCGGCUUCGGGAUGAGUUUCAAACUGCUAACAGCAGUGAUGACAAACCACUCUAUUUCCUUACUGGGCGCCAUAUAUAAGCUUCAUUAGGACCCCACUGACAAAGGGAAAAAGAAAAAACCAAACUUGUUGUUUUGUUUUGGUGUUUUGUUUGUUUGUUUUUUUAAAAAAAAAAGUACAAUCACUGUGGAGCAAAGUGCAACCAAUAUUUAUCUAGACUGCUCUAGAGGAUUCCCCACAACUCUGAAGCAGGCUUUAUUGCUAGGAAUAAAAAUUACCACAUCAGUUAUGGUUUAAAGCAUUCUGGAUUCCAGAUAUUUUCACACCCGUCUCAACUGCCGACACUAAAUCACACUGACAACCAAGCUGUAGGAUCUAGGAAGAGGAUGUAAUUUGGUUGAGGAAGAAUUCUUUUUAUAUUCAGCUGAGCUAGGGGGGAAGGAGCUGCUCCCAGCAGCUGUUGGCUUGAAUGUGUUACACGAAAUGCAACCCAGUGUGUGGAAUUUAUUGAAGAUGUGCGGGGGAGAGCCCACCGUGUCUCUUCAGCUCUGUACCGUGGUACAGGAAUACUCAGGGGUUUGAAACUACAAUAUAAUGUAGAUACUUGUGUUAAAAGGAAUAGUCUUGUUCUCUGUGCAGUGUUAGUUUAAAAAUUCGUAAUUGUGUAUGUAUUGAAACUGUCUUUGACAAAAUUUCCACAGGUGUUCAAAGUUUACUGCUUAAACCUGAACAAAAUCAGCAAAUGUGUGUGGCAGGGACUGUGCACCCAGGUUCUCCCCAGCAGCGUUAUUUCACCCCAUUAGACACCUCCUGACUCCAGGGACAAAGCAAAAGGCUUCUUCUUGACGCUUUCUCUUCAGCUAGAGGCCAGAAUAUCUUCAAAAUACCUGCAGUUCCUCACUCUUCUCAGAGUUUUCAAAACCUGUGGUCUGUCCUCCUUGGCCUAUGGAAAUGAGUCCCCAUGGCAGGGCUGAUGCCUUUGUGGUGGCCACGUGCAGCAUCCCCUCUGUGUCCUUCUCACUCAGUGCCUGUUGGCUGCAGAGCUGAGGUCAGGUCUCUCACUUCAUACCUGUGCCUGAAGCAGCAUUAAAAAAAAAAAAAGAAAGGAAAAAGAAAAGGUGCAGGAGGGCAACAACACUGCCUGAGCUGGACCUGAGAGAAAGGGGAGAGAUUUUAGAAGAAGCUCCAGGGGGGUGGCCGAGGAGAAGUCGCAGCAUGCUGGGACCACUCAGGAGAUAACCUGUCCAGUAGCAAAAGAGCUUUGAAUGUGUCACCCAACACUGUCAGCCCUUAAUUUUUUUAUUAACUGCUGUAAAUAUUGGUUGUUGCACAUUGGUCUACUUAGGAACACCUUACUGAUCCUUGUGAAGUUGUUGCAGAAGGAACCAGGUGCAGGAGCUUUUGGUCCUCAGGGUUAAAUCACAGCAGAACUCUGCUCUACUCAUGCAGCUCACCUGGGCUACCCCACUGAGGUUUCCAUACAAAUAAAUAAUGAAUAAUCUUCCUGCACAUCAUGACCCCUUUAUUAAAAAGAAAAAAGCAGCAUGUUCUGAAAAACAGUUCAGGAAUCUUAAUUUACUCCCCCCCCAAAAAAAGCAAUGAAAUUCAGGCAUCUUUAUACUUGACCUGCAACUCAUUGGAGAAGGACCUGCCAAAGCUGCAUUUAUUUUUUUUUAUGCAUAGUGCUAAUUAAGCAACUUUUUUAUCUUGUGAAGAGAAAUGUUUACAGAUGAAAACACAUAAUAUAUUUGACAGAGGAUAAAUGAAAAUGGUUUUGCAUAUGUCUGUGUUAACGUAGCUUAACUCUGAUGCUGUAAAUUUAGCAAGUUUCAGAUGGACAACCUGCCUUACCUAUUUUAACACUUGGAAGAAGUAGGGAUGUAAAAGAUGCUUCUGAAGGUAUUCCAGUAACUCUGGUUUUGCCAGAAGGGCUCAAGGCCAACCCCGAGUCUUGGUGUGGUGUAGAAGGUUCAGGGAUGAUGUGUCCAAAAACGGUUUCCUUUUUGUUUGUGUACUUGAUGUUUGCACUAAGUUCUGAAAAAAAAUUCCAGGUGCUGAGACUACUGUGAAGCUUUAGCCCCACUGGUGAAGCUGUGUGAAACUGUCCCGAAGGUCGAGAAUGCAAGUCAGGGAGUCAGUUUAUUGUCCCACCUUUACCAACAAACAGUAAACCUGUUUAUUUAACUCUCAAAAGUGGGGAUUUUUGGUAACACCCUGGCCAGGAGGUGCAACACCAGCUCAAAGGGUGCAGGCCCAUCCCCCUGAACGCUUUUCCCACCUCCCCUGGGGAGACCCUUCUUUGACAUCAAGGUUAUUGCUGUUCUGUUUUGGUUUUAAGCCUCCUCAUCAAGGCCAUUCUUAUGAAUGUAUUCAGCUGGCCAGCGUUGUAUCUUACCUGUAGAUGUUCUUGUCUAUUCACAGGUUAAAUUUGAAUGUAAACUAAGAUUUAAAGAAUCAUAUACAGAUGCUUUUUUUUUUUUUUUUUUUUUGCUUAACUUAUGUAAUUGCUCUUUGUGACUUUUGGAAGAGGGUUUAAAAAUGUUGCUUUCCUAGUGUAAAGUUUUCUUAACUAAAAACUUGGUGAAUUUAGCUUCACUAGUCAGUCUACCUCAUGUUAUUGUUUAUGAACUGAAACUGUCUGAAGUCGUGGCUAUGCUUUGUUUAUAAUGUGCUUUCAUUAAAUUUGAAUAUAUUAAGUUA